UGGGUGCCGCAGUGGAGUUGAAGGGUGUCCAGCUUCGGGCGCCCGCGCGCGCCGUUUUUUCCCCCCCUCGCGAGCGGGAGAUGUUGGAGAGUUUGCGCGAGCGGCUGCUGAGCGUCCAGCAGGAUCUGAGCUCCGGCUGGUGGAUAGUGAAGUUGUAAUGCUUUCUGCCUAUUGGGAGAAAAAGAGAAGUGGUCUCUUGGACCUUCAACACCAGCUCCAACAAAUUCCAGUAUUUCUGGCAGGCUUGGAAUCUACAACAGCUAGCCUGGUCCAAUUGGAAGCACAUUUUAAAGAAAUGGAGCAUCAUUUAUUACAUCUUGAAGAUCUUCGUGGACAGUGCGAAUUGCAAAGAUACAAGCAUAUGCAAAUAUUACAGCAUGAAAAUUAUAAAAAGACAAAAAGGAAAGAACUUGAAAUCUUCAAAG